AUGGCGGACAAACAACCAAUCCUCCGCGCCGUGGCAACUUCAACGCGACCUCUUUAUCAACUUCUGCGGUGCAUCAACUUUUCUCCAAAAGUUCACGUUCAAAUUACUGAAGAAGGCAUUCGUUUUGCUGCGGACCACGCGAAAGUCAUGCAAGGAGUCGCAUUUCUCAACAAAUCACUUUUUUCAUCAUAUUCUGUCAAUCUACCCCCCGCGGAAGAUGGCGAGCCGCCAGAACUCCCAAACUUUCAGAUACCACUCUCAUCUUUCCUUGAAAUUCUCCAAAUAUUUGGCGCUGUUGACGUGGCCGCGCGAGCGCAAAAAGCUGAAUCAGACCCAUAUCGAAGCAAUCUAAGAAAUUAUCGGCCAGAUGCAUUCAGCAAUCAGACACUGGGAAUAUCCGGAACCUGCACUCUACUUUACGGAGAAGAAGGCGACCCUUUCAAAGUUAUGAUAGAGGAAUCCGGCGUCCAAACCACAGCUGGUCUCACAACAUAUCUACCUGAAAUGACAGACGACAUACCCCUAGACCGAGAUGAUAUCUGUUUCAAGAUUAUCAUGCAGUCACGGUCACUACUAGAUUCUUUGGCAGAAAUUUCGCCGACUGCGCCAAUGAAGCUAUCGAUUACAACUUCAAAAUUAUCUCCAUACCUGUCCUUUACCGGCAAGGGUGAUUUGGGAAGCUCGGACGUCGAUUUCGCUCGAGGCAGAGAGCUACUGGAGACGUUCAGUAUUAGAGACAAAUGGACGCAAUCGUACAAAUUCGACUUUAUCAAGAACUCGACCGAGGCUAUGCGCAUUGCGAACAAGGUCAGCUUGCGAGGUGAUGGGCAAGGUAUCCUCAGUCUACAAUUUCUGGUCGAUAUUGAGGGAGGCAAGCGAAGCUUUUUGGACUUUCGGUUCGUCCCAUUUGCCACUCAUGAUUCGGACGAAGACGAAGAGGACGAUGACAUGGACGACGAGCAGGAGUUGUAG